AUGCUUGGGCCGACCAAAAGUUCUGUAUGGAGUGGGCUAAGAGGUCCUACCGCAAAGGCCUGAUGCGCGGGCGGGGUGAGCUUUCAAAAGCGAGGUCCAUUCUUAUCAUGGACAACUUGCACGCGCAGACGACGGACGAGUUCAAGGAGUAUCUUGCGAAGGAGUGCAACACUCUCGCCUGGUAUGGCCCUUCGGAGUGCACGGACGAGGUGCAGCCAGUUGAUGCAGGAGCCGGACGAUUUAUCAAGGUGGAAGCUGGGAGGCAGAUGGACAUGUAGCUCGAGCAGUCGGACAACCU